AUGACGAGAGCUCAGCUCAAUCCCGUCUUGGCACAGGACCAGCUAUCACUAGUAAUUGAAGAGGUACCACAUCUAAACACCAUUCAGCUUUUGAAUGUGGUACAAGUGAAGGCCAUAUAGGAGGCUCCUAGGAAACUACUCUUUGUAGAGGCAAUUAUCAACUCUACUCCAACAAAUGUAUUGGUAGAUUCAGGGGCCACUCAUAAGUUUCUAUUAGAGAAAGAAGUCCACUGCCUUGAGCUAAGCUUGGUUUGUACUAACAACAAGAUCAAGGUUAUCAACUCUAAAGCCUAAACCUCGGUGGGACUAGCCCAACAUGUGAAGACACAGAUGGGCACAUGGGAAGACUAAUUGGACUUCUUCGUGCUACAGAUGGAUGAUUUUGAUGUCAUUGUUGGGGCUAAUUUUGUGACCAAAGCAAAAGCAAGAAUAUUCCUCCACUACAAUGGGAUAUUAAUAUGUAGAGGGAAACACUCCUACUUUGUAUAA